GGUGGAAGCGUCCAGAACGAGCGCCAACGACGAGUCGUCACCUUCCUCGCGAACACUCGCGAACGCUCUCCUCUCCAUCUCCCGAUCGCCCUCCGCCCGCCGCCCGCGCCGCAUAAAUGGCGGAUCCGCUCGUCUUCCUCCUCAUACAGAAGAAGAAGCAACGCGCUCGCCAACGACGACGACGACGACGAACUAGGGAAAAGCGGACCGCAUCGCGCGCCGGUAGCUGACCUCACUCGGCCCCGUGGAGAUCCAAAAGGUUUUUUGGUGGUGGUUGUUCGUCUCGGAUUAUCUUCUGGCCGCACCGCACAUCGGGGGCAGCUCUGCUCUGUAUCAGCCCUAGAACCUGUUCGGCAGGUCUAGGUAUUUAUCAAACUAGUAUAUACUAAAUUAGUUAGUGAUGUAUCCUGCAAACCAGUACAUGGAUCCAUACUAUUCACAUUACAGAAAUCACGCUCCUUACGCACAUUAUCCUCCUUCUGGGUGUUGGGAAGUUAGUCAUCCACGGAUGGCAAUGGACUCGUCCUGUCGACCGCCGAGCUAUGGACCUUGGCCUAACAUGAACCACCUGCAUCCUCCAGAGUUUCAUAGCUGCUGCAACCACACAUAUCCUCCUGGUUACUACAGUUUCAGGCUACCAUCCCCUCAAGAAAUUCCACCACCUCAUCUGUAUUACCAUGGUCCUUUUCCACAACACCCGAAUGCCUACCCUUCUUACUUUGCACGUCCACCGCCGUAUCCUGUUGAUCAGACAGCAUACGGCUAUGACAAGUUCAAGAGCCAUUGCUGUGGAUGCCCAAACCAUAGUUGCCAUGGCGGCGAGAGGAGCAAUAUUAAAAUUGAAGAAGAGAGGCCUGAAGUCAAUCCCGACACUGAGCAGAGGGAUGCCAGCGGUUCUGAUAUAGUUCGACAUCCAAAUUACCAAAACCAGGCUAUAUGGCUUCCUUCUGGCAACAUGAAUGAUAAGGAGAACAAAAAAAGCAUGGAAUUGCCACCUCAGUUCUACAAUGGUUGGAUUCCUGUGAGUGGUAAGUGGGUUGGGGAUGUGAAGCAACAAGAUCAGGAUGAUCAGAAGGCUAAACAAUUUCAGUGGCCAAUAUUUUGGAUGCCAGCAGGAUAUAAUGAGAAAAGGCAAGAAGCAAAAGAACUGAAGGAGGUGGAUGAAAGUCCAAAGGUUUCUGAAGAAGCUCCUCCAUCGCCCAAGAUCAAGAUUAUUCCCUUGUCAUGGUUUGAAAAUGGUCACAAUGAUCAGAAGCCAUCUGUGAAGGAUGAAUCUCAUCAUAAUGAAAGAUCAACAGUGAAGAAGCAGUCUGCAGGUACUGAGCAUCAAGAUGGCAGGGAAAUGAAGAAUAUUCCACUUAUGCCCAAGAAAGAAAGCGAAGAGAAGAUGCCCGCCAGGGAAAAUUACAAGACAAUUCCAGUGAUGCCUAGGAAAGACAAUGAAGAAAACAAACCCGCUGGUGGUAAUUACAGGAUUAUUCCUGUUAUGCCUGUGAAAGAAAGCGAUGACAAGAAGCCUGAGGCAAGUGUGCAGAGAGAUGAAAAGAAGGCCAGCAGCACUGAGAUGGAAGAAGAAAAUGGUAAAAGAAGCAAUGAAGAAUCAUCAAAAGCAAAGAAUUCAAAAUUGCCUCCUGUAUGUUUGCGGGUGGAUCCUUUGCCCAGGAAGAAAUCUGGAAGUGGUUCUUCAAGGUCUCCCAGUCCACCAACCAGGAAGGAUGCAGAUAUAGCCAAGAAGGAUGUUAAAGAGAUCCAUAUGCAAAAACAGGACGCUAAACAGUCAGAUCCAAAGAAGGAGAGAACUGUAUCUGAAGCUAAAGAAAAAGCACAUGAUGAAAUGAAUAAAGGGAGGGCAUAUGGCAAUGAAACCGUGCAAGCUGCUUCUGUGAAACAAAUGCAGGAGGAACAAUUUCCCAUGAGUCUGGCUGACCAGAAGGUGCAAGCUACUGGAGUAAAUUUUGAUGCUCAGGAAAAUGUUGGUGAGAAGAAUUUGCAGGGAUCUGACAAAAACACAGAGGGUGAGGCGAAAAUUCAAGGUGAGCCUGCAAAAGACUAUGAUACAACUCCCAGCAUUAAUUUCUCAGAAGUAGAUGCAGCAGUUUGUAUUCAGUCUGCAUACCGGGGAUAUAAUGUGCGAAGAUGGCAACCUUUGGAGAAACUCCGGAUGAUCAAGAAUGUAAAUGAACAGAUGAAAGAUCUGAAGGAGCAGUUGCAAGGCAUUGAAGCUUCUUCCAAGCAACUGACUGUUAAAGAGCAAGUGGCUAUCAAUGAGACUAUCAUGAAUUUACUCCUGAAGCUUGACACCAUUCAGGGCUUGCAUCCAACUGUAAGGGAGGCUAGGAAGUCUGUUGCUCGAGAGCUAAUUAGUCUGCAGGAGAAACUUGAUUGUUUAUGCAAGCAAUCAUCUGGCGAGUCUAUUCACACAAAUGGUGAAAAAGAGAAACCAGAGGCAAUGGAGAAUAAUUUUCAAAAUACAGAUCCAGUCUCAGCAAUAGAAGCAUCUGAGAAACAGGAAAAAGCUGCAGGAGUGGAUGAAGAACAAGGCCUGUCCACAAUCAACUCCAAGCUGUUGAUGCCUGAUGCAGUUUCAUCAGUAGUUUCAAUGUAUACGACACAAGAUGCAGAUCCUAGUGAUCAUAUAGAAGAGUCAAAUACUACUAAGGAAGAAGCGCCUAAUAAUGGAGGGAAAGUUGCAACACAGUGUGACUGUCAAGGAGAACCAUCAAUGGAUGUGAUGGGUGAUGCAGCUUUGUUGGGACAUUCCACUGAGCAGAAGCAACAAAUAGAAGAAUCAAAUGCCAUUUCAAUGGACAAAUCGUGUGAAAGAGAAAAAGAUGUACCCCCGGUUGGAGGACAGGAAAUACCAUCAGGGGACCACAUGGAACCGUUACAUGAUGAAGCUUUAUCAGAGAACUCCAAUGAGCUGCAACAGUGCACAACUAGUGAGAGAUCAAGUACAAUGAUUUCUCCUGCUGCCGCUGACAACAGUAUGAUUACUAUGGCUGCAACAUCUGUUGAAAGUAGUGUGUCAGCUGAUAAAGUCAGCCCAGUUGAAGGUCAGGUGACAGAAGCUGCAGUUGAGCAUGCUCCUGUGGAAAAAGAUCAGUGUGAAGAACCAAACACUACAAUUGUUGAUUCGGGGGACUCAUCAGUAUCCUUGAAGAAUGAAGAGCUGCAGGAUCAUGAUCAAGCUCCUUCAGGAUCCUCUAUUAUGUCCAAUUCAGCCGAGCAGCCAGAAGAAGCUAGCGAUGUGAACAUGCAGCAACAAGUUGAAAAUGUGGAUACCACACAAGAUGCAACCGAAGAAUCUGAUGCUACACCAGAGAUUGGUAUGGUUGAUGUUACCUAUGCAGACACAGAAAAUUAUGUGCAGUCUCCCUUGCUGCAAACAACAUCAAAAUUGCAAUCAACAACAGGACAAAAUGUCCUGAAGGAACCAGAAGCAGCAAAGCAAUCUGACGUUUCUGGUGAAUAUGAGUCAGUACUUGUUGGUAAGCAAAAUGAAUCCGCUAACAAUCUGACAGGAGAUUCUGCGAAAGAAGAGCCCCCUCUUGUGGGACUGGGAAUGGAAGCUGAUACUCAUGAAAGUGCUCCUAGAGAAUUGAAGGAUGAACCUAUUUUGCCAGAGACGGAGAGAAGUGAAUUAUCAUGUGAACAUGGUGACAUCACAGGACAUGAGGAUUCCGAAAUGUAUGCGCCACCGGAAUGCGAAACCGAUGUGCAGAAAGAGAGUUGCUGCGUUGAUAGGCGUCGUGCGGACAUGCAGGUGCCAAAGGAAGUUGAAUGCGAUGAGCUGGGAGAUGAUAAUCCGAAGGAAGAUGCUAGUGUUCAGACAGAGAACAUGGCAUCUGAAGAAGCUUCCUUGGCUUCUGCAACUCCUGAUGGUAUGAAAGAUGAGAACAAGGUUGCUGAAGAAACUACUUCAGAUUAUGCGACUCCUUAUAGUUCAAAGAGUGACAAUGAGAACAAACUUGCUGAAGAAAACCAGAAGCUGAAAGAGAUGCUGCAAAACCUUCUUGCAUCUGGCAGCGAUCAGAUGGGAGUUAUCACGGAACUGAGCGAGAAGGUCAAGACGCUUGAGCGUAAGCUGGCGCGCAAGAAGAGGCCAAAGGUAAGGGUACACAGACCAACCAGGCAAGCAACGGCCAAAGUCCACUGAAGAUGAUCUCUGAAGUUUUGAGUUUGUGUUUAUGGAUUCCAUGUAGCUGUUUGUAACCAUGCCUGUAUGAAUGUACUACUUGUAAUGUACACAUGAGUGUUGUGGUACUAUGCAUUGGAGAAUGUAAGAUCAUGCCUGUGUUGGGUCCUUGUAAUGCUCAUGUAGCCUAGUUUAACACGGAGUAUCAAUGUCAUAAGGGAGUUGAAUA